UGGCCCGCGAAAACCGACCUGCUCGAGUCCAUGCUCUAUGAGCAACAGGGCUUCAACUCCGGCAACUCUCCUGCAACUUUCAUUGUGCCCUGUGAAAAGGUUUCUUUUGGCACUGGCCGCAACGGUGCUGCAGAAUGGCUGCGUACAGCAUACCACGACAUGGCGACUGCGGAUGUUGCGAAUGGAAUAGGAGGUAUCGACGCGUCGAUUGGAUAUGAAGUCAACCGCGACGAGAACCCGGGUAUUGGAUUCAACGAGACACUGAUCAAUCUGACUGCCUUUUUGACGCCGCGGUCGUCGAUGGCGGAUCUCAUUGCUCUGGGGGCGCUGUUUGCCGCAAAUGGUUGCUCAAAUGGAAGCGUCGAGAUUCCCUUCCGAGCCGGCCGAGUUGAUGCUACUGGCCCGGGUCCGACAGGCGUGCCCAGGCCGGAGCAGCCCUUGGAUGAACACAUUACUAGCUUCCAGAAGCAGGGAUUCUCUCCGCAAGAAAUGAUUGGCUUGGUAGCAUGUGGUCAUACCCUUGGAGGAGUUCACGGCGUGGAUUUCCCGGAGAUUGUGCCCGUCGUAAAUGAUCCGACAUGCCAAGAUCUGCUCGAACGAAUGAUUAACACGGUCCCCAAGGGUGUGACUCUUACUGAGCCUCUCCAGCCUUAUCCCGUAAAGCCAUCGCGUCUAUUUGCUACCAUUAACUCCAAUGGAACUAUGACUAUGACUGGUUAUAUCAGAGUUACAUUCGCUUCUGGCCAUGUCAUGUACGGAAACCCCCCACUCACUUUCUGGACGUACCCCUUCUCAGUAGAGGUACCUCUUGCCCAGGGCAUUUCUAGCUUUGACGUCGAGGUUGUCGAUAACAUCAACGGGGUGAUCAACAGCACUCUGCAUACAAAUGGAGGCCAUGGUUUCCCAUUCGAUGACACUAUUCUCACACAGCCGCAACUCUCGUGCUCUGAAGUGCACUCCGAGGGAUUAAUGAACUUGACUGUUGCGAUCCGCGAUAACUCCCAUCUCAGCUCAUUAAAAGCUAUAGUACAUGUCCCAGAGCCCCUGUUGUCUCUUACUCCCGCGGUUGGGUCCAUUCCCCUCGACUUUGUUAAGGCUGGAUCAAUUACGGGAUCAGGAUACACGCUCUAU